AACUCGCUUUAGUCGCUGUGGUCGGGGCUCGGGACCGGCUGCCAUCUUAGUCGAGGGACUGAGGAGUCGCCGCCGCCCCGAGUCCCGGUAACAUGCCUUUCACAGUGGCCUUCUGGAGACAACGCCUUAACCAAAAGAAGUGAUUUGAACUGUGAGAACUUCAGAUGACCGCAAUGCCCGGAGCUGCACAGAUCAGGAGCCAGGAGCUUCUUCCAGGUCUCCCACGCUGGUGCAGGAGCCGAAGAACUUGGGCCAUCUUCCACUGCUUUCCCAGGCCAUAGCAGAGAGCUGCAUCAGAAGUGGAGCAAGGGACUGGAACCAGUGCUCAUGGGAUGUUUGCUGUUCUAUCGAUGGUAUGUCUGACAGUGGAUCACAACUUUGUUCAAUGGGUAGCCUGACCAUGAAAUCACAACUUCAGAUCACUGUCAUCUCAGCCAAACUUAAGGAAAAUAAAAAGAAUUGGUUUGGACCAAGUCCUUAUGUAGAAGUCACAGUUGAUGGACAGUCAAAGAAGACAGAAAAAUGCAAUAAUACAAACAGUCCCAAAUGGAAGCAACCCCUUACAGUUAUUGUUACCCCUGUGAGUAAAUUACAUUUUCGUGUGUGGAGUCACCAGACAUUGAAAUCUGAUGUUUUGUUGGGAACUGCUGCAUUAGAUAUUUAUGAAACCUUAAAGUCAAACAAUAUGAAACUUGAGGAGGUGGUUGUGACUUUGCAGCUUGUAGGUGACAAAGAGCCAACAGAGACAAUCGGAGACUUGUCAAUUUGUCUUGAUGGGCUGCAAUUAGAUUCUGAGAUUGUUACUAAUGGUGAAACUACAUGUUCAGAAAGUGCUUCACAGAAUGAUGAUGGCUCCAGACCCAAGGAUGAAACAAGAGUGAAUACAAAUGGAUCAGAUGACCCUGAGGAUACAGGGUCCAGUGAAAAUAGGAGGGUCAGUGGGAAUAAUUCUCCAUCACUCUCAAAUGGCGGUUUUAAACCUUCUAGGCCACCAAGACCUUCCCGGCCACCUCCACCCACCCCACGUAGACCAGCAUCUGUCAAUGGUUCUCCACCUGCUGCUUCUGAAAGUGAUGGAUCAAGUACAAGCUCUCUGCCACCCACAAAUACAAAUAUAAAUACAAGUACAUCUGAAGGAGCAACAUCUGGAUUAAUAAUUCCUCUUACUAUAUCUGGCGGCUCUGGCCCUAGGCCAUUAAAUACUGUAACUCAGGCUCCCCUACCACCUGGGUGGGAGCAGAGAGUGGACCAACAUGGGCGAGUUUACUAUGUAGAUCAUGUCGAAAAAAGAACAACGUGGGAUAGACCAGAACCUCUACCUCCUGGCUGGGAACGGCGGGUUGACAACAUGGGACGUAUUUAUUACGUUGACCAUUUCACAAGAACAACAACGUGGCAGAGGCCAACUUUGGAAUCUGUCCGGAACUAUGAACAGUGGCAGCUACAACGUAGUCAACUUCAAGGAGCAAUGCAGCAGUUUAACCAGAGAUUCAUCUAUGGGAAUCAAGAUUUGUUUGCCACAUCACAAAAUAAAGAAUUUGAUCCCCUUGGUCCUUUGCCACCUGGUUGGGAGAAGAGAACUGACAGCAAUGGCAGAGUGUAUUUUGUCAACCAUAACACUCGAAUUACACAAUGGGAAGACCCCCGAAGUCAAGGUCAAUUAAAUGAGAAGCCCUUACCUGAAGGUUGGGAAAUGAGAUUCACAGUGGAUGGAAUUCCAUAUUUUGUGGACCAUAAUAGAAGAACAACCACCUAUAUAGAUCCUCGCACAGGAAAAUCUGCCCUAGACAAUGGGCCACAGAUAGCCUAUGUUCGGGACUUCAAAGCAAAGGUUCAGUAUUUCCGGUUCUGGUGUCAGCAACUGGCCAUGCCACAGCACAUAAAGAUUACAGUGACCAGAAAAACAUUGUUUGAGGAUUCCUUUCAACAGAUAAUGAGCUUCAGUCCCCAAGAUCUGCGAAGACGUUUGUGGGUGAUUUUUCCAGGAGAAGAAGGUUUAGAUUAUGGAGGUGUAGCAAGAGAAUGGUUCUUUCUUUUGUCACAUGAAGUGUUGAACCCAAUGUAUUGCCUGUUUGAAUAUGCAGGGAAGGAUAACUACUGCUUGCAGAUAAACCCUGCUUCUUACAUCAAUCCAGAUCACCUGAAGUAUUUUCGCUUUAUUGGGAGGUUUAUUGCCAUGGCUCUAUUUCAUGGGAAAUUCAUAGACACAGGCUUCUCUUUACCAUUUUAUAAACGUAUCUUGAACAAACCAGUUGGACUUAAGGAUUUAGAAUCUAUUGAUCCAGAAUUUUAUAAUUCUCUCAUCUGGGUUAAAGAAAACAAUAUUGAGGAAUGUGGUUUGGAAAUGUACUUUUCCGUUGAUAAAGAAAUUCUAGGUGAAAUUAAGAGUCAUGAUCUGAAACCAAAUGGUGGCAAUAUUCUUGUAACAGAAGAAAAUAAAGAGGAAUAUAUCAGAAUGGUAGCUGAAUGGAGGUUGUCUCGAGGUGUUGAAGAACAGACACAAGCUUUCUUUGAGGGCUUUAAUGAAAUUCUUCCCCAGCAGUAUUUGCAAUACUUUGAUGCAAAGGAAUUAGAGGUCCUUUUAUGUGGAAUGCAAGAGAUUGAUUUGAAUGACUGGCAAAGACAUGCCAUUUACCGGCAUUACACUCGGACAAGCAAACAGAUCAUGUGGUUCUGGCAGUUUGUUAAAGAAAUAGAUAAUGAGAAGAGAAUGAGACUUCUGCAGUUUGUUACUGGAACCUGCCGAUUGCCAGUAGGAGGAUUUGCUGACCUCAUGGGGAGCAAUGGACCACAGAAAUUCUGCAUUGAAAAAGUUGGAAAGGAGAAUUGGUUGCCCAGAAGUCAUACUUGUUUUAACCGCCUGGACCUGCCGCCCUACAAGAGCUAUGAGCAACUGAAGGAAAAGCUGUUGUUUGCCAUUGAAGAAACAGAAGGAUUCGGGCAAGAGUAACUUCUGAGAACUUGUACCACCAAAGGAUAAGAACUUAAUUGCAAUGCUUGUCCUUUUCCUUCUCUGUUGCACAUCUUGUUGUAAAGUUGGACUGUGACUGUAGAGAGUUGCUGAGUAUAAGUAAAUUUGCCUCCCAGUGAUUCUGGAUUUCUCUCCAACACUUCCAGAAAUCUUAUCUGCAAAUGACUUGUGAAACCUUACUUAACAUGAGAUUUAACAGCAAUGAAAUCUGCCCUGUCUUAUUCUACUAGAUUGUUUCCUUAACAAUUUUAUAUUUGUGUCAAAAGUCUCACUUGGGAGUAGGGUUUUGUAUUUUUGAGAUUCUGCAGAUAAGCCAGGAAGUCCCUUAGUAACAGCAAUAUACAAGAUCUUCCUGUUAAGCCUCUUGAUAAGAGGUAUAUGUUAAAAACACAGGCUUGGCCCAGUUUCUGGGGAUGUGAACAGACUUAGAGCUUGUGCUCUUCCUCUCCUUUCAGCCUGGCCUGACUGUUUUUCCUUUCUGGAGCAUGAAUCCAUGCAUCAUUUUGAUGUUAUUCCUGGAAGUGAUGCAAGACUCUUCCAUCUCUUCUGCAGAGUAGCUUUGUCUGUGUGACUUCAGGGAAAAGUUGCUCCUAGCCCACAAAUGACUUCAUACCUCUACUCAUUUGGAAGUUUGAUUGUUUUAAUUGCCUUGAAAAUACUAAACUUUACAAACAAUAUUGAUACCAUGGUUCCUUCACUGUUUCUAAAAGUUAAUCUAGAAUUGGAAUUCAUUUAGCUGAAUUCAUCUAAGACCAUCAUUGAUGAUAUUUGUAUUGUACAAUUUUAUUUUAAUCCAACAACUUCAGUUAUGUUUAAUUAUUGCUAAGGAGUUCAAAUUGUAACCAGAGUACUUUUCUAGUCCAAUCAGAGGUCAGUGAAACAGCUUCUAAAAUUAUAUUUUCAUUUCGGAGGAAGUGCUGUGGUACUGGCUAAAGAGAAGGUGGUAACAUCUAGUAACCAAAGAAUUAUAUUCUCUGCAUGAAUUAGAAGUCUUCAGAUUUAUCAUUUCUUUGACACAUGGUGGAGUAACCAUUGCCAUUCUUUACAUUGUACUGUAUUGGAUUAAUAUCCCUCAUCUGUAAUAUCCUUUUCACCCACAAAAAUUGAGCAGAUUUUCCUUUUUUCCCAUGACUAUUUAAUUUUAGACUGCUCCAUUAGUAACUGAUUAAUGCACUUUGAACAUCUACAUAGUUAAUUCUUUGAACUUGGCCUACCGUAAACAGUUAAGAAGGCUGCUAUGAUAAAUUUGACUUUAUUGGCAGUGGGAUGAAGCUUAAGCCAGCAGUCUCUGUACUAGCUGAACCCUAAGGACAGCCUUCUAACUCAUGUAACAGAGAUGCUGGUAUGUUUCAGUGUGAGAGCAUGAACAAGCAGCAUUAAGCUAAAAAUAAGCAGAGAGUAGCAGGCUUCCAUUCCAUAUAGAAAGAAGAAUUAUUUUUAUUCCUAACUGCUCUUCCUGUUUAUAAACUAGAACAACCACAAAAAGCAUUUUUUAACUUGUGUAUCUGUCUCUAAGACACUGCCAUCGUAAAGCAGAGACUUACAUGAGUGAAAGGGUUGCCUGAUUCAGAAAUUGUCAGUGUAAAUAGGAAGAUUAGGCUCUCCCCAACACUUUAUUUUACAUACCCCAGGAAAAGUAGUAGGGCAUACUAAAAGUCCUAGUCGUUUUCAAAAUAGGGACUUUGCCUUUUUUUUUUUUUUUUUGGUAAGGGAAAUAAUGCUGUUGCUUCGUCUUACAGAACGAAUGUCUGCCAACUACCCAUUCAUUAUAUAAGUCUGAACUUUGAUAAUAUAUGGCUAUGAAGAUUAAGCCUUCUAUUAAGAUUUCCUAUUGAGGUGAAUUCUCAUAGUGAAAUGUAGUUCCUGCAAUAUUUACUAGAGAUUUAUGAGAUUAAAUUAAGAGAUAAUGUAAAGAAUAGACCUUUUUUUUGGUUCUACAUAAUGCUUCAUGAUUCACUUAGGGACCUAGAAAUAUUGUGUGAAAAUGUAUAAAUAUUACCCAAAAGGCUUUCUGCCCUAUAUUUUUAAAAUACAGAAUAGCUAUAUUUGAAGUAGUCCUGGCCCUAGUUCUAUAGGGCUUGGCUAUUUAAUAUUUUUAUGGAAGAAAUGUUUAGUUCUGGAAAAGGUAAAUGCUUGUAUAUAUUUUUGCAGCCUGGGAUCUCCCCUACUCCAUAUCUUCCUUUAAUUUAAGUGGCCACAUGUAUAUGUCUUCCCUGCUGUGUUAGGAAAAUGGGGGCUGGAUAUCCCAAGAAUCAGAGGUUAUAUAAAAAUUCUGCAAAUAGACAGCAGACAUAAAUUUUGGUCCAAACCGAACAUUUGGAAAUAGAUUUAUUGUAAGUGUUUAAUUAGAGCUUUUCUUAAAUCUGAACUAAAUUGCUUUUAAAAGCCCUUUUUCUUUGUAAGCAUUGUAAAUGCUAAUAAAUCCUGUUAAUUUUUUUUACUGCAUGUUACAUUGAAAUAAAAACAAGGUAAAUGAGCAAUUGCCUUAUUUUUCUGCUCUUUUCAGGGUUUGGGGAAAAUAGCGUUCCAUAGCCUGGGUCAGGAGGGAAGGACCUCACUUGUUUCAUCAAAUGGAGUGGUUUAAAACUGAUCCAGUAACUCAUAAUAAUGAUUUUCUGCUGUCUUUUAUGGCCUCAUGCCAGUGCAGAAGAAUCCAAUUUCAUAAGACUUACAAUAACUCUAUUUAAAAUUCAGCUGCUGAUUUUCAUCAAGAGAUUGACAUGCCAAAGUUGCUUCAUCAGAAAUUUUAAUGAAGUAUAACUCAGCUACCCACAAAGGUCUCAUCCUAAAUGAACUAUUUCAGUCAAGCUCACUGUACUGCUUUUUAUUUAUUUGGUUAAUAAUCUGAAAUGUUAUCAAGGGUGACUCGUGGAAUUACACCUUUCCUCAGUGUGUAUUCCUUUCUUUGUUUUGGUUGUAACUCCAUCCUUCUUCACUCCUCUAGGGGUGACUUCUGCUCAGUAGUAUUGGUAUCUCCAGCCCCCCACUCCACGCCCUUUUCUCUUAGAGUUAUUUACAAUAUUGUUAUAUAUUUUCAUUAACUAAAAACAGGGAAUAGUUGCACUGGAUUGUAUAUUACUGUAUUGGAGUACCUUUAUUUUCCUGAACUGUUUUCAGAUACUCAGGUAACCCCGCAACUAUCACGGAGAGCCAGGUGCUUUUAUAAAGUUCCUUCAGGGGAUUGGUUCAUUUGCCUUUCCUUAAAAGAUGUAAGACUUGGUUUAUAAUUAAACUGUUUUGGUCCCUCAUUUGC